GGGGUGUUCCUCGACAGCCAGCUAAAGGUUUGCAGAGGAUGAAGUUGGCUAUCCAGUGGUGUACAGUUUCACCAGAAUUCCAAGAGGAGAAGAGAGGCGUGGUACAAGUGCCUGAUGACACCAAAUAGGCAGAGGGACACGGACCUCAGGCAUGUCCAGGUGUGCCCUCACGUCCAGCUCGGUCCGCGCCGGGGGAUGCGGUGGCGGGGCUGCAGCCCGCGGGACACGUCCGUCCCUCAGCGCCCCUCCCCUCCCUUUCCUCGAAGAUCCCCCGCUGUUCUUGCUCAACCGGCGGUGCCCGUGCGCUCCCGCCGCCCUCUGUCCCCUCGCCGCCGCUGGGCGGCCCCGGGGGCGAGGCCUCGGUCCCGCCUCUGCUCUGCCUGGCCACAUAUACGCCGGCGGAGGCCGUCCGCCGCAGCUCCCUCAGCGCGCCAGGAUGCUGCGCUCCGCAGCCCCGCCACAGGCGCUGCUGCUCGGCGCGCUGCUGUGGCACCAGACCGCCGGCUAUCAAGACCUAGCAACAGCAGUCAAUAUAACUUGGUCUUCAAUCAAUUUUAAAACUAUACUACAGUGGCAACCAAAACCAUCAGGCUACUUCUAUACUGUAGAAAUACAUGGACAGACGUCUGAUGUGAAGAGAAAAUGCAUACUGACAUCAGAAACAGAGUGUGAUGUUACUGAUGCACUCAGGAAUGUAAAGGAGACCUAUACAGCACACAUACUGUCUGUAAAGCCUGCAGAGAUGGAUAACUUUGAAGAGCCACCUUUUACAGUCUCUGAGAAAUUUACACCUUAUAUCCAGACUGUUAUUGGAAAACCAGAGAUAAAGGAUUAUUCACAAAAUGGUUCCAAACUGAAUGUCGCGUUCGAAGAUCCACUUACACCAUAUAGAUCUCCUGAUGGCAGCUUUCUGACUAUUCAAGAUAUUUUCCAGCAUGACCUGGAAUACAAACUCUAUUACUGGAAAGAUCAAAGUUCUGGAAAGAAAGAUGUAACAACGAAAAGCCAUAAUUUUGAAGUUAGUGUUGACAGUGGAAAGAACUAUUGCUUCUAUGUCCAAGGAAUCAUUCCCUCUCGCAGAGAAAAUCGUAAUGGCCAAGAAAGCAAGACGCACUGUACCAGUGUAGGAAGGAAUAUCUUAGAUGAAUAUGGAACAGAAGUCUUUAUCAUCUUAGCAGUGAUAGCAGUUGCAGUCAUCACUCUUGCCAUUGCCCUUCCAGUGGUUCUGUGUAAACGCAAGAAAGCAAAGAAAGCAAGAGCUGUGAGAGAAAAGGAGCUGCUUAAUGGUGUCUAAGGAAAACGUAUUGCAGACACUAGUGGCAGAGUCAAAGCAGAAAAAGCCCCAACAACAAAAUUGGGUAAUUGAGUGGAGCCUUUUAGGCUUUCUGAAACAGGAAUUCUGAAGCCCAAACUUUAUGUGGAUUAAAAAAUCCACUAGACAGUACAGACGAAAAAUCCAGAUAUCAGGAAGCCCUGUGUGAUUAGUGGCCAGAGGCUGGAAGAGCAUUCUGGUGAUCUGUUACAAUCACAGAAUUAUAGAAUGUGCCAAGUUGGAAGGCAUCUAUCAGGACCGAGUCCAACUCCUGGCCCAGCACAGCACCAUUCCACAAGUCACACCCUGUGCUUGAGAGUGUUGUCUAACAGCUUCUUGACCUCUGCCAGGCUGCUGCUUUGACCACUUCCCUGGGGAGCCUGUUCCAGUGCCCAGACUUUCAACCUCUGGGUGAAAAUCUUUUCCCUGGUACCCAACUGAAACCUUCCCUGACUCAGCUUCAUGCUGGUUUUUUGAGUCCUGUCACUGGUCACAAGAGUGAAGAGAUUGGCACCUGCCCCUCUGCUUCCUUUGGCAAAGUUGUUGAAGUGUCUUCCUUUUCUCCAGGCUGAACAGAUCAAGUGACCUCAGGCACUCCUCAUACAGCUUCCCUUCUGGAGCCUUCACCAUCCUUGUUACCCUCCUUUGGACCCUCUCUAACAGCUCAAUGUCUUUUUUGUAUUGUGGCACCCAGAACUGCCCCCAGCACUCGAGGUGAGGCCGCCCCAGCUCAGAGCAGAGCGGGACAAUCCCCUCCCUUGCCUGGCUGUGAUGCUGUCCCUGAUGUCCCCAGGACAGGGACAUCCCUCCUGGCUGCCAGGGCACUGCUGGCUCAUGUUCAGCUUUCCCUUGAUAGAUUCCCCCAGGCCCCUUUCUGCUGUGCAGCCUCUCACUCCCCAGUCUGUCUGUCCAUCCAGGGUUGCCCCAUGCCAGGUGCCAAGCCCAGCACUUUCCCUUGCAGAACUUCCUGUGGCUGGUGAUUGCCCAUCUCUGAAUUGCCAAGGUCUCUUUGCAGAGAGAUUUUUCUUAGACUGUUCCCAAGUCCCUUCUAUUGUCCUGUCAAACAGGAUUCUGAACUAGAGGUACUUCUAACUUGAUCAGUAUGGCCUUAUUGAGCCAGAAGAUUUACGGUACUUGUGAGGGGAAAAAACACUACUUUUGAAAAAUAGGUGUCCUUUACCUAACUAAAAGAAAUACUUUUAUGUUUCUUUGAAACAAACUCUGUAUUUAUCUGCCUUUUAACAAUAUUAACUGGUGAAAUAAUCUGUUAGUUCAGAUGCGACAAAAUAGCUACUAUUAUUUUUGCACUUCUUGGAUAAUAUUAACUUGGUCUGUUUAUCUUUGGAUGCAGACAAAGGUAAACAUACUGAAACUACUGCACUGGCAACUUGUAAGAAACACUAUUGAAGCAGGUACUUGCUAUUUAUCUGGAAAGUAUAUCCAGUUACACUACACCUACAGUUAUAUAGACAGGAAAGUCUGAUAGUUCCAACUAAGUUUUAGAACAAAUACUUUACAGGCUUUGAGUCAGUAGUAACUCACUUCAGCAAGCACUGAAUAGGUAGUAGUAUUUACUGCCUUUUGAACAUAAUUUUUAAUUAACAGUUGAAGAAUGGUUUCUGUGGUGUAAAUUCAAAUCCUCUUGGUGAUGGGAUUUGGAGAUAGCUGUUGCUUUGACUUUUAGUAUUUAUUUUACAAAUGAGAAUCUAAUUUUUAUACUGGUGUUAUCUGUGUUUAUGAUGGUAAUUUAUACUUUUCUAGUGAAAUAAAGGUGACUGGAAAGUCUUUCUUUUUCUUUUCAAAACAAUGUACAGUAUUCAUCCCAGAACUAAAUUAAAUAUCCAUUUAGGAAACUUAUUUUGGGACAGCAGUAUAGGCAAGCUGCCACAACCUAACAAGCGUAUAAAGCAGACUACCAGGGCACCUGCAAGGAUAAAACUAGGAGAAUCCACUGUUCACAAAUUGGAGGUUUUGAAGAGUCCCGAGUCACAUUUCUGCUGUCCACUUACAGGAGCAAUUAGUCAGGGUUUACAUUCACAUCUUCUCCUUCCAUUCCCACACUGCUGCUGGUACUUGGGCUUGUGCUACUGAGAACUGUUAAUGGUGGUGGUAAACACAGAAACUCAAGAGAAUAGAAAAAAAAUCACCUUGUAGUUGGAACUAACUGGCAGUGGAUCUCAAUAUUUUAUACGUGUCUUAAAAGAAGAUACUCAUUUUAUUCAUGAGAAGGAAUACCUUACAAAAUUAAUAUCCCAAUCUAACAAUUUGUACAGAAUUUUAUUUUUCAUCCCUGCUGUGCUAUAGCUACCAUCUGUGUAUGGGUUAAAACUCCUGGGAAUGUGUUAGUGUGGUUUAUGGGGGGUUUUCUUGGGUCUUUAAUUCCUCUUUUUACAGAGGAAAGAAAAACACCAGAAUUCCCCCCCAAAACCGUGUUUACUUCAUGUUGAGCAAUAAAUGCUUAAUGCAUUUCCUACUGAUACAUAAGCCUUGUAUGGAGAAGGAAUCUUACAAAAGCAAUCAAAACCAUGAGAGCUCGUGGGAGUCAAAAACAUUCCAAAGUUGUCAUCAUUACUUCCCUUCCCCAAGGCACUCUGCUUCCUCAGCUUCAUUCAGUGCCAGACUCAGAAAAAAGGAAGAGCUAAUAGGAAAAGGAAAGCCUGUAAUUACAGCAUAGCAUUUAUUAAAUUAGAUCAUGCAGUUGCUUGUCAUAAACUACACAGAAUGAUGCUAUAAGUCAUACUUCAUUACUUUAAGAGAUCCUGGAUUUGUUCUGAAUAUGGGGGGAGGGAAGGAGGGGAGAAGAGACACCCACAGAAAUGCAAACAAGUGCCUUAAAUGGUAAAAGAGAGACCCCUGACUGCACGAGUUCUGGACGCCUGAAGCACUUCUGUUUCCUAGCUGCAGUAUGUUAUCAUCCAACAAUGCUGAGUAACCAGAGUCAUGGGGCUCACAGAUCCUAUUUCAAAGAGGGUGUUUUCUGUUUGUGGAGACAGCUGAGAAAGGGAUUUCUUAAUUGCAAACUUCUGUAAGUUCUAUUCCUUGGGCUGAACCCACACAAAAUGUUUUAUGCAGAGACUUUCUCAGAGUAUUGGGUUGGGCAGAAGUUGUUAUACCAAUAAAGGUGUUGUUACUAGGAAGAAAGACUAGGCCCACACAUAUGGCUACUUCAGCACUGUUUGGAUUUAAGAUGAAGCCAGACACACAGAGAAUGGAGAUGAGAAAGGGAAGGCUUUUCCUAUGCACCUAAGUUCCCUGGCUCCUCUUCUAAGCAGGUUUCUGUAAACAAGCAUGUUCCUACUGAUGCUCCCUAUUCCCCUGUUCCACUUUGCUCUGUCCUCUGAAAAAUGGAUCCAACUAUUUCAAGUGGAUAAAUACAUUUGCAUAGUUCCCUUACACAGUAUUUGUGUCCUCUCCUUGUACAAGUGAAUGUGUAACACUGCACACUUUAACAAGCCUGCUUUAAAACCACACUCUUCUUCACACAAGCAAAUAAAGGCUGAUGCUGUUCUGCUACUUCUCUGUCAGCCCUAACAGCAACACAGACAAUAAAAUUACUGCCAUUGCUUAAAAUUAACAACUGUAGAGGACUUCAUAAGUGUAUGAUGGAUAUGGCAGCAAACAGCUUAGCUAUUUCUAGCAGACUCAGCUUUCCAGUGUGAGAAUGCUGCUGCUGAGAGGCAUGUAAUGAUAAGAAUGUGAUUAUGAGCUUAACUUGGAUCACUAGUUAUGUGGCAACUCAGGACAAAGAGUUUUCUGCAUGAAGUGAGAAUAAACAGCUGUGAUAGAUUACCCUGUCGGUUCAGUUUUGUAAAGCUGAUUAUUUUGCAGGUUAGUAGUGAUUGCCACAGUUUCAGAAUCUUGUAAUACACAUUAUCAGACCCAAGAGUCAAUUGAAUAAUCUUCUAAUUACACAGAAUUUAUCCACAUACAACUAACCAUGCUUUCUAUAGUCUAUGUUUGUCCUGGUGCACAUGUUUGAGAAUGACAGGAAAAGAACAACCUGCUGGACAGGACAGAAGCAGGAACUGGUCAGCUGAAAAUCUUUCUACAACUUUAGGUGUGGUGUUACUCACCAUGGCAUAUGUUCCCUCACAGUCUACGCCCAGUCUGUCCCUUACGAAGACAAACUGCCACAGAGAGCUGCCCUUCCUGUAUUUGAUGUGUGCAUCCUCCAGGGCUCUACAGCAGAACUUUUAGCAAAGCUCAGGACAUAAAGAUGUGCUGCAGAUCUCUUCCUUACAACAUAGGAUGAGAAACCUUCCCACCACGAGAUCCUUCUGCUUCUUCUGGCACAGGCUCUCAUUCAACCCACGGAGCCUCUUGCAGCAUCCCCCCAAAGGACCCAGAAAGAACAUCUUUCCCUGUAACUCCUCAGCCUCUAACUGUAGCUGAAUUAGCCAAGCUCACAGCAAAAUUUCCCUCAGGGGUGGUUUCUUCCAGUAAAACCUGCCAGUACCUGGUUAUAAACAUGCAGCCACCUUGACUGCCUCCAGGGUUUCACAGCCAGGCUGUCUCAGACGUCCAGCUGAAGAGGUUGUGCCUGUUUCUCAUCUUGUCAAAAGUGACAUUUGUGUCACUGGCUCCUGUAAGAAGCUUGAAAUUCUUCUGCUCCUGACUUCCCCUGGCUCCUUUGUUGAUGUUUCCCUUCCUCUCCUCCAUCCCCUACUCAUUCCCAUUAGUUAUUUUUCAUGAGAGAUGAACCCACUGCCUUAUUUCUUCAGACAGGUAGGCAAUUUAAUCAAAGUAUAGGAUCUGAAUAAAUCCAUAUCCCUUAAUCACAAUCAAAAACAUAUUAAUAGCAUGGAAGCAUUAUUUUUUUACCUUCUACAGCUCCCCUUGGUCAGUAUUAUUGAGACAGUAACUUCCAGAACAUUCACUAGCACUGCUCCAAGUACCUCAUUGCAGCUAAUUAAAUUUAUAUGUCAUUUUUUUUAGUGUCUUGUUUAAAAUAGCAAUAAAGUUAUUAUAAUGAA